GUACAGGGGGUCAGGCAGAGAGUGGUCGGGGUCACAAGCCAGGGAUCAAACAGGAGAAGUCAGCAGAGGUCCGGAUCAGGCAGGGUCAGCAACGAAUCAGUCAGACAGGAACAGGAACAGGAACAGGGGCCCAUAGAAAAGCACACACCAAGGCACAGACUGCAGGUCUGGCCAUCCCUUAAAUACACCUCUGUAAUCAGCUUCAGGUGUUUGGCUGGCUGCAGGGUUGAGUCUCUGAUUGCUGAGAGCACCCGCUGGCCAGCCUCAGUACUGCAGCCCACAAGGCAGGUGAGUUCCACCAUUACUGGCAAGUCCAUUCCUGAC